AUGUUAGAAGCGAGGGCGCGGCGCCGGCGGAAGGAGCCCUGUCCCCGCAGCUUGGGACCGGAGAUCCACGAAUGUCCCGAGUCCCAGGACCCGUGCGCGUCCCGGGACGACUGGCGCUGUGCGCGCUCCAUGCACGAGUUUUCCGCGAAAGACAUCGACGGGCACAUGGUUAACCUGGACAAGUACCGGGGGUUCGUGUGCAUCGUCACCAACGUGGCCUCCCAGUGAGGCAAGACCGAAGUGAACUACACUCAGCUCGUCGACCUGCACGCCCGAUACGCUGAGUGCGGUUUGCGGAUCCUGGCCUUCCCAUGUAACCAGUUCGGGAAGCAGGAGCCAGGGAGUAACGAAGAGAUCAAAGAGUUCGCCGCGGGCUACAACGUCAAAUUCGAUAUGUUCAGCAAGAUAUGCGUGAACGGGGACGACGCCCACCCGCUGUGGAAGUGGAUGAAGAUCCAGCCCAAGGGCAAGGGCAUCCUGGGAAAUGCCAUCAAGUGGAACUUCACCAAGUUCCUCAUUGACAAGAACGGCUGCGUGGUGAAGCGGUACGGACCCAUGGAGGAACCCCUGGUGAUAGAGAAGGACCUGCCCCACUAUUUCUAGCUCCACAAGUGUGUGGCCCCGCCCGAGCCCCCUGCCCACGCCCUCGGAGCCUUCCACCGGCACCCAUGACGGCCUGCCUGCAAACCAGCUCCUGGUGAGGCAGACCCGAAAAUCCAGCGUGCACCCCGCCGGAGGAAGGUCCCGUGGCCCGCUGGGCUUGGCUCGGCGCCCCCACCCCUGGCUGCCUUAUGGGAAUAAACAGACAAAUUGGUCUGC